CAGACAUUACACCCUAUGACUCCUAUAUUUAGUGUUAGGUUUAACUGUGGUGUUAGUCUAUUUUUCUUGGGUUGGGUUCCUCUUAAUUCAGACCAUGUUCAGAUCUACGGUUGAGACCUACGGUUCAAAUGCACUUAGGUACAGUCUAAAGGAAGUUUGUGACUCGAGCAUUUUCGGCAAAAUUCGUUUUGAUAGCUCUUGUACGCUCCCCAGUCGCUACAUGGUCGCUACUUUCGAGCGAAAAGUGAAUGAAGCUUAAAAUUGGAAAGGCAGUGAACGUGAAAAUUAUAUUACAGAAGUACUAGAUUAUUAAAUAAAAAUAAUAUGUCAAUAACAAGAAGCGCAUCACAUGCAGGCAGUUGGUAUAACAGCAAAUCAACAGAGCUUUCUAACCAGUUAGGAACAUGGAUAGAGAAAGUUGAUGCUUUUCACAGCCCUGCAAAAGCAAUUAUAGCUCCCCACGCUGGAUAUCGUUAUUGUGGCUCUUGCAGUGCAUUUGCUUAUAAACAAAUAGAUCCUUCGAUAGUAAAAAGAAUAUUUAUUUUUGGACCAUCUCAUUUUUCUCGCUUUUCUGGUUGUGCCUUACCUGAAGCAGAAAAAUAUGAAACUCCUUUCUAUGAUCUUACCGUUGAUCUGGAAGUAAUAGAAGAAUUAAAAAAUUCUAAGCAUUUUGAAUCUGUUGAUUUAAAUACAGAUGAAACAGAACAUAGCAUUGAAAUGCAUUUACCAUUUAUAGCAAAAAUUAUGGAAAAUCAUAAAUCACAGUUUAGUAUAGUUCCUGUACUUGUUGGAUCAUUGUCAGCAAAACAGGAAUCAUUGUAUGGACAAAUUUUUGCAAAAUAUUUAUUAGAUUCUAAUAAUCUGUUUAUUAUUUCUUCCGAUUUCUGUCACUGGGGGAAAAGAUUCAGUUUUACAUACUAUGAUAAUUCUCACCAGGAAAUUUUCCAAUCUAUUGAACAACUAGAUAGAAUGGGUAUGAAAAUUAUAGAAGAAGUAAAUCCAGAAAAAUUUGGAACAUAUCUCAAAAAAUAUGGAAACACAAUCUGUGGCAGGAACCCAAUAUUAAUUUUAUUAAGAUCUAUCGAGGAAUUAAUUAAAACAGACAACAGUAAAAUUGCAAAUUUAAAAUUCCUCAACUAUUCACAGUCUCAAAAGUGUAGACAAAUGAGUGAUUCUUCUGUGAGUUACGCUGCUGGGGUGCUAGUAUUAAAUUAGUUAAUAUUUUUGACAUGUAAACAAAAAGAUAUUUUAAUACAUUUUUAAGAAAGAA